GAACCAACUGGAUAAAGGAGAUCAUCAAUCUGAUCCACACCAGGGGAGAUCCCAGCUGGGUGCAGUCUGUGGUCAGCUGGGAACGUUCACCUUGGAUAGAGACCCCUGAAGGGCUCGAACUUAUCAAGAAGCAGAAAGACCCACGCUCCUACACCUCCCACCUCCCCAUGCAACUCUUUCCUAAGUCACUCUUCACGUCCAAGGCCAAGGUUAUUUACAUCAUGAGAAAUCCCAGAGAUGUGAUUAUUUCCGGUUAUCAUUUCCACAAGACAUUGAAAAUUACCAAAAAUCCAAGUUCAUUUGAAGAAUAUUUUGAAUGGUUCCUUCGAGGACAUGUGCCAUAUGGCUCAUGGUUUGACCACAUUGGUGGCUGGCUGCAGAUGAGAGGAAAAGAGAAUUUCCUAUUGAUAUCAUAUGAGGAGCUGCAUCAGGACCUAAGGGCCAAUGUAGAGAAGGUCAGCCAGUUCUUGGGCACCAAGCUAAGCCCAGAAGAACUGGACUCCGUCCUCAAGAAUGUAACCUUCCAGGCCAUGAAAGACAAUAAAAUGAGCAAUUUCUCCCUAGUCCCCGAAAUCCAUAUGGACCACAGCAAAGCGUGUUUUAUGAGAAAAGGAAUCGCUGGAGACUGGAAAAACCAGCUCACAGUGGCCCAGCAGGAAGCCUUCGAUAAGGUCUACCAGGAGAAGAUGGCCGGGCUCCCCCCAGGCCUCUUCCCGUGGGAAUAAGGGCCUCACGUGUCUGAAUCAGGUGCAAAGGCUGAACUUCCUGAGGUUCUUUGUCAACGGACUGCUCAUACAAUCCAUUAUACACUUAUUAACACCAACCAUUUUCCUUAUUAACCUUAAGCCAGUGAUUCUCAACCUUCUGGCCCUUUAAUUACAGUUCCUCAUGUUGUGACCCAACCAUAACAUUAUUUUCGUUGCUACUUCAU